CUCGUGCACCCAUCUGAGCAAUAAAAAAUUGUUAGUAUUAUUGUAUAGUAUACGCACAUAUCUAUUAGCCUGUUAUUAUAUUAAUAAGUACAAAAUAACGUAGUUACGGGCUAAAUCUCAGAGCUCCCUAUUUCAAAUAGAUUUGCCAUAAAAUCGGAUUCAUUGGGCGGUAUUUUGCUCUAAAUAACUUUACACCUUGGGGCUGGUCAACUAUUUAGAACAUUGUCCAUGAUGUACCGAUAAUGGACACCUAAAAUACGGAGAAUUUUUUAGCGUGAACGCGAGGAGCGACGUUGAGCGGAUUGUUCCAUUUUGUUAAUUCAGUGUUUCUUUGAGUUUAAAUAUGUAAUAAUGGUAAUUUAAUUGACUGUAUAGUAUUUGGGAGAGUGCACAAAUGUGGAAAAAUAUAACAAAGCUCCUGGACGUAGCUUCUGGGGAUCUUCCAAAAAGUCCACUGAAAAAGUCUUAAUAAAUAACCACCAUUUCACUAGACUAUAUUUCUUUCGUUUUCAUUUCGUUUUAUUCCUUUAGACGAAUUUUGUUUUAAAAAAUUAAAUUAAAGCAUUUCUUUCAUUUUGCUCCAUAUCAUUUUUCAGAAAAUAUAAAAUACAAAAGAUUAGGCUGUAUGUAUAUAUGAUAUCUUGGCCUUUCCAGUUGAAAAAAUAGAUCUACUACUCCAAAAUCAAUUCUAUCAAACUACACAAAAUCUCUUGAAUAUCCGUAGCUUGUCUAAUUGCAAUCGAAUGUUGGAUUAACUAAUAAUCCAGCGCUAAUGCUCAUUUCUGCAGUUCAUAAUUUAAAUGACCCUACUUUAUGGUAUUGAAACUGCACAAAAUGUAGUAUAGGUACAUUUGGAACAAGAAAAUAGUUGAGAGUCCGGGUGUACUGGUCGUUUCGUAUUAUCGCGUUGAUGUUAUUUCUUCGUUUUGAAAUAAUGUCGGGAGAUCACAAAACGUUGUUAAAAGGCAGUCCGUCACAAUAUGUGAAGUUAAAUGUGGGCGGCACAUUGUUCUACACUACUAUCGGCACGCUUACGAAAAGCGAUAACAUGUUGCGAACCAUGUUUAGUGGGAGGAUGGAGGUUCUCACAGAUUCGGAAGGGUGGAUUUUGAUUGAUCGUUGUGGGAAGCAUUUCGGUACUAUUUUGAAUUAUCUUCGUGACGGCACAGUAGCGCUACCCGACAGUUAUAAAGAGAUCAUGGAGUUAUUGGCGGAGGCUAAAUAUUUCCUGAUUGAAGAGUUAACUGAAUCUUGCCUACAGGCCUUAGCCAAAAAAGAACGCGAGGCAGAGCCUAUUUGCAGAGUUCCUUUAAUUACUUCACAAAAGGAAGAACAACUUUUAAUUAUGUCCACUUCCAAGCCUGUGGUGAAACUGUUGAUUAACAGACACAAUAACAAGUAUUCUUACACGAGCACUUCUGAUGAUAACUUACUAAAGAACAUUGAACUCUUUGACAAACUUUCGCUGCGAUUCAGCGGGAGAGUGCUGUUUAUUAAAGAUGUUAUUGGUUCUAAUGAGAUUUGUUGUUGGUCUUUCUUUGGACAUGGAAAAAAAUGUGCUGAAGUCUGCUGCACUUCAAUUGUGUAUGCUACAGAUAAAAAGCAUACUAAGGUUGAGUUUCCGGAGGCCAGGAUAUAUGAGGAAACACUGGGAAUUUUACUUUAUGAAAGUCGUAAUGGCCCUGAUCAAGAUUUAAUUCAAGCUACUUCAUCACGAGGUGCUGUUGGGGGAUUGUCUUGCACUAGUGAUGAGGAGGAAGAGCGAUCUGGCCUUGCCCGACUUAGAUCAAAUAAGCAGAAUAAUCAAUCUUAGCGGUUACAGUCAGGCCUGGCACGCCUUCGCAGCUCAAAACGAACAAAUGUUUGAUAUGAAGCUGGCUGUUUUCCGCCACUCUGUUGGCUGCCCUGCUUCGGUCUGUAGACUGUUUUGAGCCUCAUUCUUGUCUCUGGGUUUCCCUUUUUGAGCUCUCUAAAUAAUGUGACAGUGAAAAGUGGGUAUAACAAAAAGGCACCCAAGAUUUGUGAAAACAAAGUGACACUUGAGUAGGGAUUUUUCACUAUAUUACUGUGUCUUCAAGUGUUGGUGACUAAAUGUUUAAAAAGUUCUAGUAAUUAAAUACUUGCAGUUGUUUUAAGAUGUGUGAUGAUGUAGUAUGCACUGACUUUAAACUUCUAUAUUUAAAAACUCUCUUAGAAACUUAACUAUACUUAUUCCGUGUACUGUCUCUAUUAGUGUUUGUCCUCAAAAAUAUACUGAUAGCUCAAGUAUUGCCAAAUUGAUGUUAGUGAAAAAAAAAGUAAAGAUUCAAUUGUUCAAUGUUAAAUAUUAAUCAAAAGAGUAUUUAGCUAUUAUGUAAUUUAUAUUCUCAAAAAUAUCACUCAAACUAUUCUUUGUUAAAAUACAAUAUAUAAUCAAUGUAUAAAAAAAAAUUAUAAAAUUAGCAAACUUUAAUGUGUAACUGUGCUUAAUGAAUUUUUGUGUAUACUGUGUACAUAAUUCAUAUGUUAGUAGCCCUUUAUGCAUGAACUUUGUGUAAUUUUAUGGUCAUUACACUUAAUAAGUUGUAAGUAAUGUGAACAAAGACAAGUAUGACAAAGUAGUUGAAUUAAUGUCUAGUCUUAUGUCUUCAAUUCUAUUGUGUAGUCUGAUAAUUCUGGUGGAGAUCAAGAUGGUAUAGGUACAUGAAGUCAGGUACAUGGUAAAAUUUUACUCAAAAUUCAAUAAAAAAUUACGAAUACAGCAAAUGUUUUGUUACGAAUGGAAAGUCUUGCACCUAUGCAGCCUGGCAUAUUAUUUGUGUCGAGUUUGUACCUAUGACUUAGUGUCAGGAAUGUUGAGAGGCUAUGUUACUUUAGUAUUAAAAAAUUCCAUUGUGCUGUGUAAAUGUGAACUUGUUACUUAGAGCGUGUUUAGUCACAGUGACACUGGGUUUAUAGUUAUAAUUUUAUUAAGACUAAUCUAUGCAAUUGAUGAUGAAUGAUGAACUAUAAAAAAACUUACAUUUUACUUUUUUCAAAAUAUAUGCUCACUGUCUAGCUCACUAUAA